GGCUAUUAGCGGGCUGGCGGGGAAGACGGGGUAUUAUUUAUACCACUAUGUCGGAUAUGAACACCUUCCAAUCAUUUAUGGUAUAUCAUUUCUAGUAUAAAAAGGGAUCUAUAAUUCUUCCCAUAAAAUAACAUAUUAUAAUGAUAUUAAAGUCCUAGAUACUGAUAACUUAGUAAUGAAGCUCGUUAUAUAAUUUUCACCUCUGACUAUAGGAAUCCUAGUAGGAUCCUCACCAACAUACAGAGCACCUUUUAGGUAGCUAGAUGCAGACCAGAUUCGCUGACAGGAGUCGUAACCAAUCAAAGAGAAGGAAAAUAGCGUUACGCCGACAUUAGCGGGGAGCAAUGCCGGCGAUGUCAUCCAUCCUUCUACUCCACCCCGCCCCGAGGGGUGUCAGCACAAGCAUCUAGGACUUAUAUUCAGGUACAAAGGGGAAAUCCUAGAUCUCAUUUCUACUGUCCUUCAGAUCUUCGUCUCUUUCCUCUUCCAAACUAAGCUACUUCCCAAAGUCCCGUUUCAACAAUGGAUAACGAAUCAAUUCAGGGGUCUAUCCCCCCGGAAGCUAUCGAGUUUGCGGGUCGCAUGUACAAUGCUGCACGCGAGGGGCAGAAAGAUGUGUUUGAGCAAGCCUUACCAGCUGGACUACCGGCGAACUUGACGAAUGAGAAGGGAGAUACUCUUCUCAUGCUUGCGGCAUAUCAUGGACAUGCUGAUCUAGUCAAAUUACUCAUCCAGCAUGGCGCCGAUCCGAACCGUAUAAAUGAUAAAGGCCAGAGCCCUUUGGCUGGCGCGGUUUUCAAGAAAGAGGAUGCUGUAAUUGAGGCUCUGCUAGAAGGUGGCGCAGACCCAGAUCACGGUACGCCCUCUGCGCAAGCUUGUCUAGCUAUGUUUAAACAGGAGGACAAAUGGGGAGCCAAGUUCGCGGCGGCUCCUGGGAAAGGAAAAGCUCAAAAACCGGCAUCGGAAUCAGAUACCCUUCAAUUGUAGUAGAUAUUUCACAGAACAAGCGAACUCGAGAGAUUCAAGGCGUGCCCACCAGGGGGGAUAUCAAGGGUGCGUAUCAUAUUUUUGUGAAGCAAUACUUGAGAUUUAACCCUGAAUGUGAAUGAUGGCUUUUUUCUCUCAAAUAAUAUUGAAGGUAAGAAUAGUAAGGAAGUAUAAUAAUCUAAAAAGCUUUCAGGAUCGAGACAAG